AUGGCCGCGCCACGAUGUAUGCGCUCCUUCCUGGGGCCGGCGAAGAGGGCGAAGAUUGCCCACGCCCCCCGACCAUGCACACAGACUUUCUCGCGAGCGAAGAGCGGAAGAGCAGAAGAAGACAACGAGAGGGAUUCACGAGAAGACAAGGAUGUCAAGCUUAUGGAUCAAUUGAAGAUGGAUCUGGAGAACAGUGCUAUGCCACUUGAUCAGCGGUUAGAGGAUGCUGGGAUCAAUCCGCAAGAAUUCAAGACCCUGUACGCAAGCCAGCAAAAAGUCAAUCAAGACCAAGAAGAGUGGGAGCCCAAGACGCGCGAAGACGCACAACGGCGGUGGAAAGAACUACAAAACACACCUGAUCACUUGGGUCUGCUAAAGAUGUACAAACGCGCUGGUUUAGAACCUAUCAAGCUGGCAAAGGAAAACAACAUCACCCUUCCCACCGACGAACCACCCCUCGAUCCCAAGACCGCAGAAGCCCUCGAAGCCCUCCGAACACCCAUAAACGUCCGUGCUGUACAUCUCCGCCCCUUACGCCGCACCCCCGAAUACGGCGUACCAACCUGCGACCUCCAACUGCGCACCUACAACGUCCGCAACCUUCUCCUCUUCGCCGACUUCGCCGUUCGCGCAGCAUACUACAUGGGUCUCUGCGCGCGGGGUCCCGUUCCCCUCCCAAGGAUAACAGAGCGCUGGACUGUGCCCCGCUCCAAUUUCAUUUUCAAGAAGUCGCAAGAGAACUUUGAGCGUAUCACCAUGCGCCGACUUAUCCAGAUUCAAGACGGACAUCCAGAUGUCAUCAAGGCGUGGUUGGCGUUUUUGCAGAAACAUCAGUAUCACGGUGUGGGUAUGAAGGCGAAUAUCUGGGAGUAUGAGAGUUUGGAGGACGCGACAAGGGCUGGGUAUGAGCUCAAGGAAGGUGACUACAGUAGGAGGAGAGAGGGCAAGGUCAUGGAUAAGGUGGCCGAGAUUUUGCAGAGAGAUGGGUUCAAGGAGGCGAUGAAAUCCCACAAGGACAAGGUGGAGAUGAGGCCAUAG